AUGGCGCAACAAUCUGUGUUGAUGCUCGGUGCCGGUUUCGUCACCCGGCCUACACUUGAUGUCUUGACUGACGCUGGCAUCCCUGUCACUGUUGCAUGCCGAACCCUCCAGACUGCCCAGGGCCUUUCCGCUGGCGUGAAGCUCGCGACACCUAUUUCGCUCGAUGUGACCGAUGCCAAGGCUCUGGAUGCCGAGGUCGCCAAGCAUGACUUGGUCAUCAGCUUGAUUCCUUAUACCUUCCAUGCUACCGUCAUUGAGUCUGCGAUCCGACAGAAGAAGAAUGUUGUGACCACGAGCUACGUUUCCCCCGCCAUGAUGGAGCUGGACCAGAAGGCCAAGGAUGCCGGAAUCACCGUCAUGAACGAGAUUGGUCUUGAUCCCGGUAUUGAUCACCUGUAUGCCGUCAAGACUAUCGAUGAAGUCCACCAGGCAGGCGGCAAGAUCCUUUCCUUCCUCUCAUAUUGCGGCGGGUUGCCCGCUCCUGAAGCCUCCGAUAACCCCCUGGGCUACAAAUUCUCUUGGUCCUCUCGCGGUGUGCUACUCGCCUUGAGAAACGCUGCCAAGGUCUACCAGAAUGGCAAGAUUGUCGACAUUGCGUCCAAGGAUCUCAUGGCUACUGCCAAGCCUUACUUCAUCAUGCCAGGAUAUGCUUUCGUCGCAUACCCUAACCGUGAUUCUACUCCCUACAAGGAGCGAUACAACAUUCCCGAGGCCGAGACUAUCGUCCGUGGUACCCUGAGAUACCAGGGCUUCCCCCAGUUCAUCAAGGUUCUUGUGCAGACCGGCUUCUUGGAGGAGACUCCCAUUGAAGCCCUCAAGACCCCCAUUGCCUGGAAGGAGGCUACCAAAGCCGUUCUUGGCAUCUCUUCUUCUGAGCCCAAAGACCUAGAAGCUGCCAUCGUUUCAAGAGCCGAUUUCGACUCGGAUGAGGACCGUGAGCGAAUUCUUUCUGGUCUCCGAUGGAUUGGCAUCUUCUCUGAUGAGAAGAUCACUCCUCGUGGCAACUCUCUCGACACCCUCUGCGCCACUCUCGAGCAGAAGAUGCAAUUUGAGGAGAACGAGCGCGACAUGGUCAUGCUUCAGCACAAGUUCGAGAUCGAGCACAAAGAUGGCUCUCGCGAGACUCGCACUUCCACUCUAGUCGAAUACGGCGACCCCAAGGGCUAUAGCGCCAUGGCAAAAUUGGUAGGUGUGCCCGCCGCUGUCGCUACCAAGCAGGUCUUGGAUGGAACCCUGUCGGAGAAGGGUGUUUUGGCUCCUAUGACUGCCAAGAUUAACAACCCUAUUAUGAAGGAGCUCAAGGAGAAGUAUGGUAUCACAAUGAUCGAAAAGACUGUCUUGUAG